GAGCGGGGCGGCGCGGCGCCGCAGCGACACUUGGCCCACUCGGCACGUGCGCGUCCGCGCCCGCGCUACAGCUAGCGCGUCAUCCACGCGCGAUCACCGCACGCACACUCGACGCGCGCUCGUCCGAUAUGGACACGCUCUCCGAUGACGAUGAGUACGCGCGCCGGGAGCCCCAGAUCAGUAGCCUGGUGGCGACGCGCGGCGAGGCGGCAGGUGGCGCGGCGGUGCAGCGCGUGGGCGCCGCGGUGUGCUGCGCGGUGGAGCGCUUCGUGGCGGUCGGCGAGACCAUCGCCGAUGACAACCCUGACGUGCGCCACAGCAUGGUGCUUGCCUGCAAGGAGGCUCGGGCCGCAGGUCGCGCUAUUGAGCGUGUGUGCGGCGCGGGAAGCGCGGGGGGCGCAGAGGGCACAGGCAUGGUAUGCGCGGCGAGAGCGCUACUGGCCGCCGUCACGCGCGUGCUUCUGCUCGCGGACAUGGUGGUCGUGCGGCAGCUGUUACUGGCGAAGGACAAGGUGGCACGUUCACUGGACCGUUUAGAGUCUGUUUCGAACUUCGCGGAGUUCGUGCGUGCAUUCACGGAAUUCGGUGGUGGAAUGGUGGAGCUCGCGCGGCUGACGGCAGAACGGCGCGCGGACCUGCGCGACGAGCGGCGACGUGCCCAGGUCGCCGCCGCUAGGAACGUGCUAGAACGAUCCACGCUAAUGCUACUCACAUCCUCUAAGACUUGUAUGAGGCACCCGGGUAGCGCCUCAGCGCGGGAGAACCGCGACACGGUGUUCUGUCAGAUGCGACGCGCCAUGGACCUAAUACACUACGUGGUACGCGACGGCCUACCCGGACACGAGGAGCAAUCGCACGAGGCGGCGCAAUGGGAGGCGGGUACCGCUUUGGGCGCGCUGCGCGGGUUGACGGCGCAAGUGCGGACGGCGCGCGCGCGAGGCGGCGCUGACGCAGCCAGGAGGCGGGCUCUCGCCAGCACUUUACGAGCCCUAGUCGAGAGGACACACGACUUCACUGACUCCGCAUACACCUCGCAUGACCACAGACAAAGGAUAUUAGCACUCGCCGAGAGGAUAGCCUACGAGCUAGAAAGGCUAGUUGCGGUUGCUGUAUCUAUGGAGGAGCAGGGUGUCGGUGUAGGCGGAGGCGCGGCGCUGGAGAGCGCGUGCGCAGGCGCGGCUGGCGCGGCGGGAGAUCUGGAGCGCGCACUGGUAGCGGCGGCGCGGGAUCAGGCGCGAGACCUGCCCCCUCUGGCCGACGACGCGCGCCGCCUGGCCGCAGACCUCGCCUACAUAGGUAACCCCCCGCGCCCCAUAGCGAGCAGCGGCGAAUCUGAGAGACUGCACAACAUAGCCAGCAGGCUGCACGAGCAAUUAGACCAUAUCAUAGAGGUAUGCAAACUCCUCCGGCAUAUAGCGAUGUCGGAAACCCUUCAAGUUAGCGCGAAAUUCGCGGAGAUCAACCUGAGGAUAUACGGUCCGCAAGUGGUGACGGCAGCGCGCACGCUCGCAGCGCAUCCCGGCAGCGCGGCUGCAAGGGAAAACCUCGACGUGUUCGUCGACAUGUGGGCUUGGCUGCUGAGCGAUGCCGCACGACUGGCUAAGGAACUCCUCGAUCUCACAGAUGACAGACCAGACAAACAACAGUACAGCAGUUUACCAAGGCCAGGGAAACAUGGUACAACCAGUAAACCACUGAAAGCUGUGCGGCUAGAUUCAGAUGAACAAGCUAAAAUCGCCAAAUCGGGGCUGGAGAUGAAAAUGAUGUCCUCUGAGAUGGACGCUGAGACUGAAAAAUGGCAGGGAGCUGAUGAAAACAAUGACAUUGUGAAGAGAGCGAAAAAUAUGUCUUCCAUGGCCUUCGCUAUGUACCAAUUUACGAAAGGCGAGGGCCGACUAAAUACGACGCAGGACCUCUUCACGCAAGCGGAGUACUUUGCAGAAGAAGCCAAUAGACUGUAUAAAAUAGUUCGACAAUUCUCAUACCAGGUCCCAGCGGGUACAAUGAAGAAGGAAUUGUUAGAACACUUGGACAAGGUGCCGACGUACGUGCAGCAGCUACAGUUCACAGUAAAGGAGCCGACGGUGGGGCGCGCCGCUACAUUCAGCAAGGUCGACAAUGUCAUCCAGGAGACCAAGCACCUCAUGAACGUCAUCAGCAAAGUCGUCACCACCUGUUUCGACUGCGCAAAUAAGUACAAACUGGACUUCACUGGUCUGUCUGCGGGCGGCGCGGGGUCGGGCGCGGGCGGACGGGCGCGGGAUGAGGACACGGCGGGCGGCGGCGGCGGCGACGCCAAGCCUGGCGGCAGCUCUUCCGACACGGCCAUGUGACAGUACGGCAUGGGCCGGCGCGGCAAGGGCGACGCGCGCCGGACCAGGGUCAGCUUCCUCUUGUUCUAAAGGCUUAAACGUCUUGGACUCGUCGCCUUGGGUCGGACGGACAAACGCUGGCGGUUCGCUCACAUCGAAUCCGUUGCCUAUUACCAAAAUUGGUACGUGCCUUCAUUUUACUAUAUUUGCAAUCUUGCUAGUCAAUCAUAGUAAAGACUUUGAUUUGAUACAUCGUCGCUAGAAUCACAUGAUAAAAUUCAAAUGAUAAAAGAUGGUUUUAGAAUGUACAUGUAAUUCACCAGAAGCGACUGUUAAAUACCGUAAAGAUCAAAGUAGGUGUGAUAUCAAUGAUGAACACAUCAAAUUGAUCGAUUAUACCUAAAAGUAAUAAAUACUUCUUUCUUGACGUAUGAGAUAUAUUAGACCUACUAUAGGGUUACAUUUUUCUGAAGCGAUUCCUGGCGUUUGUCCUUUUUCGACCGAUUUGCUGGUAAUCCAUUGAACUGUUUGCAAAUAAACUGAUUUGAUGGGUUACAGCAAAUUCAAUGAUUAGUUUUAUUAUGAUGAUUAGUGCGAUAGACAGAUAAAGCUUCGGCAGACCACUUGCGACACACAAAGCAUACAUAUAUGUACGUAAUGCUGACGCCAAUUAAAAUAAGGUACUUGUUUAUUUCGUUUUUGUAUUUACAAGCGUAAAAAUACGAUGUAAUUAUCAGUUCACGUAUUACCAAAUUCAAUCUUUUGUACUUCUAGUUUAAGUAGCGAUCAUGUUAGACGUUAGGACUUACAUCACUAUGACAUGCCUCGUAAUAAAUUGUGAUCAUUAAUUAAUGAGUGAAAACGUACAAUAAUCAAUAUUUGUUACAUUUUAAUGUUACACAUU